AUGGAUGCUCUCACCAGCAAUCUCCUUGGAUGGCUCUGUGUGGGUGUCACCAUACUUUUUGGGGUGACUGUGUUCUACAUAGCCAAGAGGAGCCCAGCAGAGAAAGCAAACCUCCUGGUCUGGAGGCUCCUUCCCACCUUACUGGGGCUGCUGUGUGUGGCCAUGCUGGGCACUGGUGGGGGACUGGUGGUGUUUUGUACCAUGUGCCUCAUCUUUGUGUACCUGGGCAGCAGGGCACUGCUGCCCGUGGGCGACAAAGCUGUGCUCAUCACAGGAAGUGACACUGGAAUUGGACAUGCACUGGCUAAACAUUUGGAUGACUUGGGUUUUGUUGUGUUUGCUGGGGUUUUGAACAAGGAUGGCCCAGGAGCAGAGGAACUGAGACGGACCUGUUCUCAGAGACUCUCUCUGCUGCAGCUGGAUAUAACCAACAUCAGCCAAGUCAAGGAGGCGUUUCUAAAAGUCUCAGAGAAGGUGCAAAAUACAGGACUCUGGGGUGUUGUGAACAAUGCAGGCAUCCUGGGCUUCCCUGCUGAUGGUGAGCUGAUGCCCAUGAGCACAUACAGACAAUGCAUGGAGGUGAAUUUCUUUGGGGCUGUAGAGCUGUCCAAGACCUUCUUACCGUUACUUCGGAAAUCCCAGGGGAGGCUGGUCAAUGUGUCCAGCAUGGCAGGAGGCAUUCCGCUACCAAGAUAUGCUGCAUAUGGUGCAUCAAAAGCAGCUCUGUCCAUGUUUUCUGGAGUAAUGAGGCAAGAGCUCUCCAAAUGGGGAGUUAAAGUUGCUGCAAUUCAUCCAUCAGGCUUCCGAACAGGUAUACAAGGCACAGCUGACCUGUGGGCUAAGCAAGAAAAGGAGCUGAUAGAGAAACUGCCAGCAGACACAAGGCAAGACUAUGGUGAAGACUACCUCCUGGAGCUAAAGAGCUACCUCCUGCACAUGCCUGUGUACUGUGAUGCUGACCUCUCCCCCGUGCUGGGUGCUAUCCUGCAUGCUUUGCUGGCCAAGAGACCACACGGCUUGUACACUCCUGGCAAAGGGGCUUAUAUGCCCCUCUGCAUCUUCUGCUACUUUCCUCUCUGGUUCUAUGACUUUAUCAUUAGUAAGAUGCUGAGUCCUAAGUCUGUCCCAAGGGCGUUAAGAACAUCAGAAGCCGCAAGCAAGGAUCUCUGA